CAUCAACAUCGCGACCCAUCAACAUCAUCGUCGUCCAUCGUACCGCGAGACCAUUACGCGGUGGAAGAUAGGUUAGCCCGCGAUACGGCCGGCCAUAGGACAUGGUGGUCGGCCUGGUGGCGGUAUUCCAGCCGGCGGUAUAAUCAUUUGUUGGCGAACCUUGGCCGCUAGCGGAUCGUUUUCAGCUCGGUGCAGUGUGAAGAUCGGCUGUGCAACGGUCGUAGAACAAAGUUCGGGAAAAAGUUUUUUGCGUUAAAGCUUGGCGCGCGUGUGUGGAAAUAGGGGAUGAUUUAGUGCUUUAAUAGUUACAAUUUAUACCGGUGGUGUUGAUCGUUAGUGAAAAUAGCGGUGCAAGGCAACGAAAGGUGACACUUUAACAUGGCUGAUAAAACCGAUGCAAACCAGGGAAUUGAGCUUCAACAUCAAAGCGAGCGGGAAGCUCCACCGUCAACGGACAAAGUAACUGCCAAAGCUGAAUCCGACCGAAAAUGGAACCUCGACCCGAUACAGCGGGCGAUGGGCCAGCUCGGCUGGUGGCACAUACUGGUGUGUGCCGUCGUGUUCCCGCUCAAGUUCCCGGUAGCUUGGCAUCAGAUGAGCAUCAUCUUCCUUGGACCGUCCGUUAACUACACCUGCGCAUCGGACCCGUCGCUCGACCGUUGCGAUUCCGGGUGUACGAGCUGGAGCUACGACAACAGCACCUUCGCGACGACCAUCACCAGCGAGUGGGAUCUGGUCUGUGGCAAUGCCAAUCUGGUCAAACUAUCGCAAACCAUCUUCAUGUUCGGUAUAUUGGUUGGUGGCGUCGUAUUUGGAUCACUGGCGGACAAAUAUGGCCGUAGACCUCCGUUGGUGGUGGCGGUCAUCAUUCAGCUCGUAUCGGGCGUCGGUGCCGCCGUUAUCGGUUCGUUCUGGAUAUUCGUGGUGCUCCGGUUCCUUACAGCCGUCGCUACUGGCGGUACUAUGGUGACUAGCUUCGUUCUUGUGAUGGAGAUCAUCGGUCCCAAGUGGCGUGAGCUGUUCUCCGUGCUCUACCAGAUCCCGUUCAACCUGGGUCACCUGACACUGGCCGGGUUCGCUUACUUCCUGCGUGAAUGGCGCGAGCUUCAGUUUGCACUGUCGAUAUUCUCCGUGCUGAUGCUAUCCUACUACUGGCUGGUGCCAGAAUCACCUCGCUAUCUGUUCACCUCGGGCAAUGUUGAUGGAGCGGUAACGGUGUUGGAGCAAGCGGCCAAACGAAACAACCUCCAGACGGACACUAUCCGCAACGACAUCGAGCAGUACGCGAAGGAAAAGUCGCGAACGGCAUCGGCUAAUGCGUCAAAGGGCAACGUGCUGGAUCUGUUCCGUACGCCCAACAUGCGCGCCAAAACGCUGUACAUGUGCUUCAACUGGUUCGUCUGUGGACUGGCGUUCUUCGGGGUGGCCCAGUACAUUGGCCAUGCCGGUGGUGAUAUCUACACGAACGUUGCCAUCAGUGCGGCCCUUGAGCUGCCUGGCACACUGCUCUGCAUCUACAUGAUGAAGGCGUACGGGCGUAAGAAGACGCUUAUCUUUUCGAACACGCUUACCGGUAUCUCGAUGCUGGCGAUUGCGUUCGUACCUAGCUCGGCCAGCACUCUAAAUGUGGGCCUUGCGUCCGUUGGCCUGGUUGGUAUGAGCAUCAGCUUCCCGACCGUGUAUCUGUAUGCGGGUGAGCUUUUCCCGACCGUUGUGCGGAACGUCGGCAUCGGUACCGCGUCCAUGAUUGCCCGGUUCGGAUCGAUGAUUGCUCCGUUUGUGGCGGGUAUGGGAUCGAUCGCGUACUGGUUGCCACCGUGCAUCUUCGGUUUGGUGCCGCUCGUUGGAGCGUUCUGCGUCUUUUUCCUGCCCGAAACACAAGGUCAUCCACUUCCGGAAACGCUGGAAGAUGGAGAAAACUUUGGCAAACGUCAGGCGGCGGUUACGGGUGCCAACGGUGUCGAGAAUGGAAAGCACUAGGUUGAUCCGGUGGCGCACGAACAUAGCUUUGUUAGCAUUUCUAGGAUAGUGUUCAUUCUGUUCCUGUUUGUUUCUCCCGAUCGGAUAUUGCAUCGACCGUGCAUCGAAAUGCGCCGUGGGAAAUGCAUUAUUACUCAAGGGACACCAUGUGUCCAAGUUGCCUAAAGAUGAAAGGAACAGAAGACGGUGAUCCGCUGUUGGGUUGCAUCUGUAGUGGAAGAUGUGUAGAAAUUAAUAAAUGUAAACAUUUUUUUUUAUUUUACUUUUGUAAGUAGCUGUAACAAUAGCGAACAAAAACAUGAAACCUCAAGCAGGGCAUGAAACAUGAAACCCACAAUGACAAUGUAGCGAUGUAGGCUCCGGUCUCUAGGCACCCCAUCUUAGGGGGUUGCAAGACGGAAAAUCACAAACAAAACUCCGAAUUAGCGACGUGAUAAAUAAAUUAAAAUCCAUUAAGAACAAAA